AUGUAUCAGUUUCGGAAAUUUACCAGACGGAAUCUAAUAUUCCUGUUAACGAUCGCCAUCGUCUAUCUACUACUGGAUCACUACUUCCAUGGCGGGGACUUCGGGGAUAACAAAGAAAAACUUGUACUGAUAGAGGAAUCGAUCAAAUCAUUAGCAAAUCAGGGAGCAUGCAAAAUGCCAAACUUACCAGUAGAUUCUCCAGAAAUGUUGAGCUUCCUCAAAGAUGAACCACCGAUCGAGUGCGGCAGUGAGCUGCAGGACUGGGUUUCGUGUGAGAAAUCGGUUUGUAGCAUAAAACUUGAGGUGAUCAAAGAGAAGGGUAAGAUCACGUGCGACUACGCAGACAUCCUGCGGCAAAGCGAUUUUAAGUUGUCAUUUGGGGAAACGACUAGAACGGAUGGCAGUUAUAAGCUACGGGGCAGUGAUUUUGUACGCGCCAAGUGCUGGACGGAAAGUCGUACGGAACGAUGGCAGGGAUUGUUGAUCGGGAUACGGGACGACAGCCAGCUACGGACACGCACUAGCUGGAAUAAGGAUUCCGCUCUUAAUGUCUUGAUGCUUGGGUUUGAUUCGCUCAGCCGCAACGCAUUCCAGCGAAAGCUGCCGAAGACGUUCAAAUAUCUGACGAAAUAUCUUGGUGCAGAUGUGUUACAAGGAUACAAUAUCGUUGGAGAUGGAACGCCACAAGCAUUGAUACCAUUGCUUACCGGAUUCACCGAGUUGGAACUGCCGGACACCCGGCGGCGAAUGAAGAAUACCGAGUACGUGAAUGUCUAUCCGAUGAUUUGGAAGGAGUACGAAAAGUACGGUUACGUGACGGCCUUCAACGAAGACGUACCAAAUAUCGGUACGUUCUCCUACCGAUUGAACGGGUUCGAUGAGCAACCGACUGAUCACUACAUGCGGACAUACUAUGUAGCGAUCGAGGCGUACCUCAGCUACUAUAAGCGACUUUGCAUCGGAGCAAAACCGCGCCACAAGGUGAUGUUAGACUAUACACGUGACUUCAUGACAAGCUACAGGGACGGUACGCCACGCUUCGUGUUCAGCUUUCACGGUGAGUUGUCGCAUGAUUCGAUCAAUCUGGUAGGUGUCGCCGAUACCGAUCUCAGCAACUGGCUGGUAGAGUUAAAGAAAUCCGGCAUCCUAAACAACACGAUUCUCGUGUUAAUGUCCGAUCAUGGGAAUCGAUUCGCCGAAGUACGUAACACGCUUCAGGGCAAACAGGAAGAACGCCUACCGUUCUUCAGCUUUACGUUCCCCGAAUGGUUCAAAGCACAGUACCAUGAGCAGUAUGCUAAUCUGCGCAGCAACCUUAAUCGACUCGUCACACCAUUCGACGUGCACGAGACUCUUCAGGAUAUUUUGACUCUGCAAACGCUGAAAGCUAAACAGAAACCGGUCGCAACCCGUGCCAUAUCGCUGUUUGAUGUAAUUCCGCAGAACCGGUCGUGCGCUGACGCCUACAUCGAGCCGCACUGGUGUACUUGCUUGAACUGGCAAACGAUCAACGAUACCGCCUCUUCCGAGGAAGUGUUUCGUUCGGCGAAAAUCAUCGUCGAUACCAUCAACCACCACACUGAACGGCACCGAGGCAUAUGCGCCCUACUUACGCUGGACGAAAUCAUGUGGGCUGCCCGGUUACAACCGCAUGAGGGCCUGGUCCGGUUCAAACAGAAUCGGGACACGGAUGGGUUUCUAGGCGAUUUUUCUUCCGACGUAAUACGCAUACCCCACGACAUGUACCAGGUGAAGUUGGUCACAAACCCCAGCAAAGCAAUCUACGAGGCGAGCGUGCUCCACGAUCGUGCAAACAAUCGGUUCCGAGUAAAGUUGGGCGACAUAUCCCGCAUCAAUAAGUAUGGUGACCAAGCGAAUUGCAUCUACGAAAGGGACCCGGAGAUGCGAAAGUUUUGCUACUGUAAGGACAAUCAUUGA